AUGUCAUUAAUAGGGCAGCAUCCAGUAUCAUGGUCCAAGAAUGGCGUAAUCGCAUACGCUGAUCCCCAUUCUCCAGACGCAAAUUUACGAAUAACUUUCCUGGAAACCAUCAAUGGUAUCAAUUGGAGGUUUCAUCCACCCACAAAAUAUAUUCUUCAUCCUCAAUUGCAUGAACCACAAUUUAGUCAUUCAUAUACGCUAAAUACCGCACCUUCUGCAUCUGAGCAUUCAAAUUCAAUGACAAGUUCAACGAUUGGACUCCAUCCAACACCGACUAGGACAGUAACCACUGCCAAUACAACAACAGUUUCGAGUAUACCUCCAUCUGCUGGCACUAGUGUACAUUCCAAGGGUAAUCCACAAUUCUUCUACAGCAUUACAGGUGUGUAUUGGAAUAAUUGGUUAAGUUUACCAGGGGACAUGUUAGCUGUAUGUGAUGAACUUGGAAAUUUAACAAUGAUGAUCGCAGGGCAGCAACCAAAUGGUGCGAACACUUUCGAAAGAUUAACCAUGUUGUUCCAAGAUAAUGUCUACAAGAUUUAUAACCAUGUCAUGUCUUUGAAACCAUCUACGUCUAUACCACUAAUAACUGAAAAAUUUGAAAGGAAACAUACUAAAAAGGAAUAUAAUACUACUAUCAUGGAUUUCGAAUGGCUAAGUGCAACCAAGAUAACUAUGGCGGCUAAAUUUUGCGCAUUAGAUACAACGUCAAAUACUUACAAAAAUAAACUUCAACAAAUUCCACCUUAUGGUGUUUUCCAUCCUGCAUUUAUGAAAUAUGCAUGUCUUGGUAUUCGUAAAAAUGGUCAAAUAAACUUUUGGUACCAAUUCUCGAAUUCAAAAGACCAUAAAAAGAUUACUCUGCAAUUACAUACUUCCGUAAACCAAAGGACGAAAGAAUUAGAUUGGUUAACUUUCGCCAAGAUAACUCCAAUUGUCGAAGAUCAAUGCAUGUUAAUAUCUACUUAUUCCAAAUUAACUAAUAAAUUAAUAUUCUAUGAACUACAUGUGAAUUGGAAUGUCAAUGCAACCAAACCAACAGCUUUAAAUGACCCCACGGUGAAAAUCCAACAGAUUUUAGAAACAACAAUCGACCCAGUUGAUAAUGAAGGUAAUCCUCUUAAAUUAUCAAACAUCCAUAUCAUGUCUAAGACACCUACUGAAAAUGAUCCAUCUCCAGAAAUAUUGUUAGUUUAUGAUAUAAUGGGUUCUCGGAAAACGCUUGUUAAACGAUAUAAACUGGUAAGAACACAAUUACCCUUGGAUUUUGUAUCUAUCUUAAAAUCUGAAAAUAAUUCUGGAGGUGGUCAAUAUCUUAGAUCGAAUAGAUAUAAUUUUAUCCAUCAAGUUGAUCUCCCCUUAGAGAAACGUGUUAAACAAGUCACAACCGAAUUGAUAAAUGGAUUUAUCACAUUUUAUUUUGAAGAUGGCACAACGAUCGUAUAUAACCAAGGUGAUUGGAAAGUAGAAACGGAAAGGUUAUUAAACCAACCUCUCUCAGGGAAUUAUAAUAAUUUAGUUACGUCAAUGCUAAGCGUUAAUUUCCAAUUUCCCAAACUUCCUAAUUUAAGUGCAAUCGAAUGGGUUCGUGUGUCACCGUCAUUAACAGGUAUAAUCGCUAAGAUAGCUAAUAAAUCUACUCCUCAAUAUUUCCCUCUCAUGAAACAUGAUGUGACUGAUACUUCAAAGGAUGAUUUGAACGCGACUGCCUUUGCCUUUGCGUAUGUAAUUGGUACAUAUAGACAACUAUCCGCUGAAGAUUUGACCAUUACAUGUAAAACACAUUUAAUGCAAAUUGCAAAAUUAGAUGAAAACCGAGCAAAAAAUUUCGUAAUGUUGAUUGUAGCACGAAUUUAUACAUUUUUAAAUGUCUCAUUAGAUCCACCAAAGGAAAUCAUGGAUAAGUUUCUGACAGGUAGACAAUUUCAAAGAAUCACAUUAUUUCAAUUGGAAUUAGGCACAUGUUUCGAUGGAAGUAAUUUGGAUGAAAUGGCAAGACUCCUUUUAAAUUUGAAAAGUGCACAUUUCGCAUUUAAUGGCGUUUCAAGAAAUCUACAUUUUGCCAUUGAACAAAUAAAUACAACAAAUGCUGCUCAACAACUUGCAAGUGGUAAGACGUUCCAAACGGUGUUUUCCAAACAAGAUUUGAUCUAUUCUUUGAUCCCAAUUGCUAAAUGGUUUGUAAAAUUUAUUACUUAUAUGAUACAAGAAUUGUUGAUAUUGAUAAAUAAUCCGCCCAAUAAGGAGAACACUUUAGUUAUUGGUGUCUUUGGUUCCAAAGUGUCCAGGAUGUUAAUAUUAUUAAUCCUAGUUGAGAUAAAGAAAAUAGUUCAAAUAAUCACUAAAUUUCCUGAAAAUACCUAUCCAGUCUUGAAUGAAUCCUCAUAUUAUUUGAGGACUGUGCUAAGUGAUUCGCCAGUGAAUUUUGAAAAAUUCGAAACAUUUUUAGUCGAUGUUAAUAAUAAAUUUUCAGCUUAUAAUGAACAACAACAGAAGCUAAAUCCACAAAGUCAAUCUACUCAAAUGUUAAGGGAAUGUUCAUUAUUGGUGCGGGCUGAAGUUCUGCCAGAAUUUUCCAAAAUUGGGGAGUUUCUUUUGGCUUAUUCUAACAAUGUUUUAAUUUCACAUGUAGAUGCGGCAAGAGUUUAUUUCUGCGAUACAAGUGGGUUAAGGAUAUCAAGCACAGAAUUGUUUCGACCUGAAUAUUGCAAAUUAUUGCAACCGUUAGAAAAGGGGUUAGUUAUUGAUCCAGAUGAUAAUCCAAUACUACCGUUAAAUCCUGGUAGAUUUAGUCCGAUGGUAUAUGAUGGAAUUUCCUAUGAUCGAUUUACUAAGCAAGAGGUAUCUGAAGAAAAGAUAAAGAGGUGUGCUAGAUGUGGUUGUGUGACUAGAGCUGGAUAUGUUGUUUCUAAUGAUAAGACCAUUACCUCUACAAUCAUCACUACAAAGAGAUGGCCCAGUAUGUAUACCAGAAAUUGCACAUGCUCUGGGAUGCUUUACGAGCUAAGAAUAUAG